ACUUUACCCACUAUGGAGAAAAGAUCUCCAAAAUUCUUUAGUCAAGUCCCUCCAAAGCUUCCGGUGGACCACCAGGCCUUCCAGGCCCACAGGUCAGUUUCCACCUUUCAAGGGGACUUUGUCAUCUUUAAUAUCCAGAAGCCACAGCUUCAAAGGAAGCCCAGCAGGGAUAAACAGCAAAGCAGCUUGCCCCACAAGGUUCAGCUGUCUCUGGAACUGAUGUGGCCUCGGGAUGAAUUCCUGGGGGUGAGUCAGGCAGAGGGAGAGCAGGGGCUCUCAAGGCCCUUUGUGUUUAAAGGCAAAAGCAGCCAGGCUACAUGGAGGACCAGGCCCAGAUACCACAGGAAGUAUCAAGCAAGAUUCCUAGUAGAGAAGAUCUUUGGUAAGAGUCUACGGCAGUGUCUGAAGAGGACCCCAACAGGUCUCUCCAGGAUCUCAGCUAGGUUCCCAGUGAAGGUUCUGGGAACCAACUCUGAGAAGGAAUUUGGAAGACCCUUGAUAAGGGCCUUGGAGUGGGACCCAGGAAAAUACUUAGCCAGGGGCCCGGAUAAGAAACAUCUAGAAAAAACAUUAAAGGUUCAUUUGCACAGGAAAUUGGGACAGAUCAGUGAGGGUCUGAUCCCUGUGACUGUGCGUCGAUCCUGGUUUGUGGCCAGCCAUGCUUUUCCCAAGUCCCAACCCCACAUGGAUAUCAGAAAUCUAGCACCCUUGAAGGAUCGGAAGCCCUGCAUAAACACCUCCCAUGAGCUGUCCUUCCUUUGUCCUAACAUUCAGCAGAAGCUGGAAACACACAUCAUAAGUUUUCGAGUGAGGCGUAAGUGGGACCUACCUCUCCAAACUGUUGAGCCCAUAGAUCUCCAACUACAUGAAGCUCAACACUUGCCCUUUCCCCAGUCCCCCUUUCCGUGCUCAGCCACCUUUGUACCUAGGGCCCCUUCAAAAGCCAAAUUUUACAAGUUCUUGGGGAAACCACCUCAGCCUCAUCCAGGAGAGAAGUGUAUAACUGAAAAGUCUGAUCCCACUUCAGGGAGUCCCCUGCCUAUUCCCUUACCCAUACGUGAGCAAAUCCAGCAGGCCCUGGGAGGGACUUCACCUGGUGAUGGCCAUCAGUCCUCAGAGACGUCUUUAUCAGCACAGGAGGGCAGAUCACCUCCUCAGGCCUCCAUUCUCAGCCUCCUAAACAGAACCCUGCACAGCAAGACUAUUAUGGGGGCCAAGAAAGACAACCUGGAACCAAGUCCAAGUUUAUCAAUGGCCAGGAAUGAGCUAAAGGAGGAGAGUGGGGGUCAGACCUCACCAGACAAGGUAGCAACACUGAAGAUGAAGCUCAGGUCCCAAACUCCAAGGGCCAAAGGGGCCACGGAGGCGAUGGAGGCCAAGAAGGCCCCUGCUUGGAAAGUCACCUUAAGACCCAGUGGGCUGGCCAACAAAUCAGCCAUUUACGUGGAUCUGAGGAGAUCAGGAUCUCCAGGUGCUAGGAAAAGCCCCUCACCAUCUACAGUGUUG